AUGAAUAAAAAAGAUAAAAAGAAGGCACCACAAAAGGUUGCUAAAGUUUUACAUCCAUUAUCAAGAAAAGCAAAAAAAUUAACAUUAGAGGGUAUUAGAGAUAUUAAAAAAGAGAAAAAUGCAAAUAUUAGAAAAAAAGAACAAAAACCAAUCAAACAAUUAUUAGAUCAUUUUCAAGAAAUUGUUAAAAAAGAAAAUAAAAAAAUCUUUACAGAAUCUGAAGUUUCUGAUAUUAUUGAUCAAUUUUUAAAAACUAAAACACCAGAAGAAGAGAUUAAACAAGUUACCAGUAGAACUAAUAAAUUAGAAUUCACAAAAUCACAACAUAAUGAUGAAAUUAAAGAAUUUAAAAAUAAUGGUUAUUCUGUACCAGAUUUAACAAAUGCAAAUUAUGUUAGAUUUUUAUUAAAUUGGGAUGGUGAUAUGAAAUAUAUUACUCAACAAUCAUUACCAUUGAAAAAAUUUAAAUACAUUGAACAACCAAAAAAUGAAAUGGAAACUGAUUCAAAAUAA